CACCACCCUCACAGCUCCGCCCGCCGCCCAUCUCGUCGUCCAGUUUGACGCCUUCGUUCUGGAACCACACCCGACGUGUGAGUACGACUGGGUGUCCGUGGAGGAAGCCGGGGGUUCGACACCCGGGGAGAGACGGUGCGGGGACUGGAGCGCCAAGCUCAAGCUCCUGAGACACGUCAGUAGCGGGAACACCAUCGUCCUCACCUUCGUCAGCGACUACGCUCAUGAGUUCCCGGGCUUCAGGGCCAGGGUGUCUGCCCGCACUGAGGUAGGCCCCGUGGAGGGUCGCCUGGCUACUGGAGGGCUGGAGUCGGAAUGCCUGAGUCUACAGGAACUGUCCCCGGCGCCUCCACUACUCCUCAGACCCCGCCAGCAUCGUCAGCCGCCACUCUCCCUGUCCGCCCACCAGUGUGAUCUCUUUGGCGGGUACAUCUGCUCCAGGAGGGUACCUGACCCUCCGGCGAUACAGAGCUCCACUGUGUUGGGUUACGGGGGAAACCUGACCACCCCAGGUUACCCUUCCCCAUACCCCAACAACCUGCACCUCACACUCACCCUCCGAGGACCCCCAAACUCCCGCAUUGUCAUCUCCUUCUUCAAGCUCGACCUCGAGUACCAACUCCAGUGCCUCUAUGACUACGUGGGUCUCCAGACCUCUGCACGCGACACCAUGGUGAGGUACUGCGGCCGACACACUGCCGAUAUGAACAGGUUUGACUUCGAAUCCGAGACGAAUGAGGCUGUGGUGACUUUUCACUCUGACUGGUCGGUGGUGGGGUCGGGCGUUCACGGGUGGUGGCGGGUGGUGGACACCUCCGCCUGCCCCCUCCACCACCUCACACAACCAGAGGGGGUCGUCACCUCUCCCAACUUCCCAGAGUUCUACCUCGGUCACCUCCACUGCACCACACGCAUCACCGCUCCAGAGGGCCAGAGAGUAUGGCUUCAGUUCAAGGUGUUCGAGGUUGGGGGAGAGAGCAGCAGCAGCAGCAGCAAAAGCAGCAGCAGAAGCAGCAGCAGAAGUAGGCACCGCACCACACCGCGCAGCGAGGAUUACCACGUCUAUCAGGCCUCCGUCGAUGCUAGCGCCAUCACCUUCACCGAUACCACAACACCCGUGUCUGCCUCUUCAACACCGAACCAACAAGCAACAAAUCACAGGUGUCAAGAGAAUUAUGUAGAAGUCAUAUUAGGUAGUGAUGAGAGCGAGUCGGUGCGUCUGUGUGGGAGUGUGUCCUCCGGGGAGGUGGAGAGACUGUCCUAUGUGUCCUAUGGGUCCUCCUUGACCCUCAUCCUCCACACCAGUCAACGAGGCCGUGGCAAGGGCUUCCAGGCCAGCUAUUCCAUGGGGACAAGAUUCCAGCAGCAGGCCGUGGUGCAUGUGGAAUCCUCCAGCAAAAACAAGGUGGUAGGCAUGGGUGACGAGGGCAUUGUAGUGGGUGUGGGCAGGAUCCACGCCCUCAACUUUCCCCUGGCUCCAGCCCCCGGAGUGACCCUUGUGCAGCAGCUCCUGGCCCCUCCGGGACACCAGCUCCACCUUCGUCUCCAUCAUGUGGCUGCCUUGGCCUCACCUUCCCGCCCUUGUCUGCAGGAUUUUGUUGAGGUAGAGGAUUGGUAUGCUGGACGGAGUGGGACAGUAUGGAAGAUCUGUAAAAUAGACCGCUCUUCUCACAAUGAAAUAUCCAUCAGGUCUACUUUCAAUACCCUCUUAAUUCGAGAGGUUCACCUUGGCCCUCGAACGUCUUCUGGUGUGCCUGAGUCGUCGGCCACUACCACCACAACACAGACUACAUCUCUUAAAAAUAACGCCUCACACACAUCCAGCACACCCUCACCUUUUGGUGUUUUUUUAGUCGCUUCACAACGGCUUUUGUCUGAUUCUGUAAGCAAUUCCUUGGGAUCUUUAUUAUCAGUUUCUUCUGAAGAAACUAAAAGACCUGCUCAGAGUGCUAAAACAUUAUCUGUACCUCCAGGUACCUCUCAGUCGCACACUACACAGCACUCUACAAUAUCCCAUAAUGCUGUUUUUUAUGAUUUUAACUCUGACAACGAAACCUCAUCUCCUGUGCCCCUGGGAUCACCACCCACCCCAACACCAUCAUCGCCAGAGCACAUAUUAGCUUCACCAAUGUACCUCUCGUCGUCAUCACCUGGACACAUGCUGUCCUCACCAUCAUCAUCAAAGUACAUGUUAUCUUCACGAACAUCAUCAUUAAGACGCAUCAUAACUUCACCAACCUACCCAUCACCACCAAUACAGUCCCGAUCACCUUUCUCAACGUUCACUGCCUCUGCUUCCAAAACCAGCUGGGUGUCAUCGGUUGCCUUCUUCAGUGCCACAUAUGAAGUUCGUGCAGACCCAGGGUGGUUGAACCGAUCCAUGGGUGUGGGUGUUGGAAGUGUUGGUGUACGGGUGUCAGGAGUGGCCACGUGUGACCCGUCUCCCUGCCUUAAUGGUGGUCGCUGCAUCACUGAGGGAACCAAUCAUUCCUGUCUGUGCACCAAUGGCUACACUGGUGCCUUCUGUCAGGUGAGGUGGUGUGAGAUGUCUCCAUGCCUCUGGGGUCAAUGUCACUCUGGAGGGCCUAAUGGAUACAUCUGUGUAUGUGAGCGGGGUUAUGGUGGACUCCGCUGCCAAGAUCGGGUGUCCCCAUGUGAUGGUGACCCAUGUCAGAGCCGUGGUGCCUGCACUCCUGGUAAUCAUACCUUUAAGUGCCAAUGCCAUGCCUGGUGGGAAGGAGAACGCUGUGAACACAGAAUGCUGAGGAUCCCAUUCAAGCCACUCUCAGAAAGGAUGUUUGAGGAGCCCUUCUGGCUUGGCCUUAUGACUGUGGCUAUUGUCAUGGGCUGCAUUGGCAUCAUCUUUUGCAUUAAAAAACACUUUGCUGAAAAGAUUGAGAAGUUCUUCGCUGAAGAGAUUGAGAGGAGCAAAUAUGGUGCAAUGUCCCCCGCGCCCUCACGUCUGGCGCCCCUGCCUAGCCCUACGGGGCUCAGCCCUCGCCCUCGUCCAAAGUCCCUGUUUGUGCGGCUCAAUAGUUUCCGCAAAGCCUCGCUUCUUAGCCUGUCCUCGACAGCGUCCAGUCCACAGUGCGAGGCUCCCGCAUUUACCUUUGACGAUUUGCUCAGGCUGCAUAAACGUGCAGGUGGAUCGGCAGCAGCCAGCAGCAGCAGCAGCCCUCGCCGCAGCACCCACAAGUGUCGAUCUCAGACGGCAAGUCCACGUGCGGACAGCAAGAAGAUCCUGCGCCAUCUGGUGACCCCGCCUGUUGGCCACCGUGCUGCCAGCUUCGAUGAGUUCCUCCACUUGCGCACCCAAACCCCCAAGUGUAGUGUGGAACGAACCCGCAGUGCUGACAUAGCCACUGAACUACUACGAAGUGAUGCUGGCGAUGGGUGUGUGCCUGAGGGCCUUAUACGGGAAACCUCUCUCAUAUCUCUGGCUCCUUCACCUUCCAAGCAUGACAAAAAGGUCACAUUUGCCAAGCUUUUGGACAAGAUGUCUAAAGAGAUGAGUUCGUCAUCUUCAGACAUGAGCUGCCCCGAGGAAAAGUCACCCAGUAGAAUCUUCAGUUUUGGGGGUGCACGACGCUCCCCGAGAAGGUCUCCUAGGAUACGACACACUCAGAGAUAUAGUGGGUCUGGAAGUGAGGAAGUAAUGGAAACGCCAGAUGUCUCGUCAUCUGAGAUGACACCUGACCCUCCCAAACGUCUUUUAACUGUGAAGAGUUCAUCGUCUCCUUCCUCCAAAACUUCUUCUCCACAAAGUCGCACGAAAAUGGUUAAGAUAUCAUCUGCUGACUCACUUCUUGCAAUGAUCAAGAAUUUUGGGGGAUCUGGUCGUCCAUCAUCCAAUCCUUCCAGCCCUCACGGUUCUGAGUUUGAUGAUUCUUCAUCUCAUCCAUCACCUUCAACCACCCCCACCACACCACAAAAGGCACUGCCUCAAAAGCAAGACACACUCACUGUUCCGGGGGCUCUUCAGGUGCAGGUGCAGUCUGCAGGAGGGUCUGGAGGGUCCACUCAACACUCUGGUCCUGUCAUCACUUUGGAGGUCCCUACCAACGAUCAGCAUCGUUGUCUCUCGCCCAUCACCGAACUGCCCACACCUGUGCCUACACCUGUUCCUUCACCACUCCCCACACCCUGCAGAUACAGACCCAAGCCACGCACAAGCUCAGAAUCUAAUGACAACAAAGAUAGCGAAGACACUGAAUCCGAAUUUUCUUUGUCCAUUUCUGUGGAGCGCAGCAGUUCAGAUAGCUCUGGUCCAGACCACCGCAUCUUCUUUACUUCCCUGAAAAGCUUGCAUAGCCUUCCCUAUGCGAGCAUCAGGUCAGAGACACUCUCACCCACUGGUGCUACUGUCACACCCUCUUCUUCACUCUCAUCAAGAACUCCUUCUCCUGUAACAUCACCCAAUAUUUCACCUGCAUCUUCACCUAAAGUUAAAAUAAAGCCUCCACCAUUGCAUAUUCCAAAUGCUAAUUUGCUUAAAUUCUGCCCUGAAAAAGGGGAAAGCUCGUCUGAUGGCGGAGGUGCAUAUGGGGGCAUCAGUGUAACUGUUCCAGUGAUUAAAGUGGAGGAUACUGAUGAGGUGCGCUGGGACUCUGCACCACGAACACGAUCGCAAAGUGUCGACGUGGGUAGAAUCCUUCAGGCUCCUCUCAUUACAGUUUCUUCUGCUGAUGAUGAUCCUCAGUCACCUUCACCACCACCACAGCCUCUUAUAAUACCAACACUAAAUGUUACAUUAGCUUCACCACCUGCAUUGAGAAAGCAGUAUCCCCUUGUACCAAUGAUCAAUAUUGAAGCACCUCAGCCCUCCAAGCCUCCUGUUCCUCCUCCAAGACGGCAUCCACUACAACGAGAGAAGGCUGGAUCUUUGGAUUUGCAUCCUGCCCCUGCCAUCACAGUUACUAGCAUUCUCAGUGAGGCUGAGUCUGACACAGACUCUCCCACAAACGGAUGCCGGCGUGGUGGACCUUCAUCUUGUUAUCUCAGUCCAUUUCUAGGGGUUGAUUUAAGAGCCUCUGAAUCUAAUCUUAGUUCAUCUGGAUAUAGCUCUGCAUAUUCUCCAGGCCCUUCACGGUGUUCCUCGAACAAUCCACUGUGUCCAGACGAACCGUCGACUCCCUCUGUGUCAUCAAUACCUCCCCGGGCCCUACAAAUUCCCAGUCCUCCACCUGCUGUAACUCCUCCAAACAGAUCAAAACGUCGACCUCUGCUCAAAUCUCCACCAACUGAAAUUGUCCCCAUAACCAUUACCCCUUCCCCACUACUCCGAACAGACUCUGAAACUACAGAUGAUCCUGCUGUCUCCCAGCCAGAAGCCGAUUCUGCUUUGGAGUUGGACACUAACGAUGAGUGUAGUGAUAGUGUUAUGCAGGGAAACGAAGUGCAAAAAAUUGGCUGUGUGGAUGAAGCAGAGGCACAGCGACAAAGAUUGCUGCUCUCCUCUAGCCAUUCUUUUCCUAAGGAAUCACCUCGCUUGGCCAGAUCUCCGCCAGCUAUUGUGGUCCAUACCUCACUACAUAGUGAAUCAUCAUUAGAAGAUUGCCUAACUGAAAAGCCUGCCCGAUUAAGCCCGGUCAGUUCUCGUAGUGAAUCUCCCAUUAGUGAUUCUCGUCUUAGUGUAGUAAGAAUAUAUCCAGCCUUCUUUGGUGUGAGUGGGAAGCCUGAGUUACCAUACACAGACUCGGAUGGCCUCUAUGAUUGCCCAUCAUCAGAAGUCCUUCAUUCAGACUCCCAUGCAUCUACCUCCCCACUCAAACGCUUAGGUCGAAAGCGACUAAAGAGGUCCCCAGGAAAGGGACUUAAAUCAUUGCUAGGCAUAGGAAGUGUUGCAUCUACUGAGGGAGUUGGUGGAAGUGGGGUUGCAGGGCAGAAUGAAGCGGUUAAGAGUCGACUUGAGCCUCCUCAUUGGGAUCGGUCGCCACGCAGGCAUUCACCUAAGCGACGCAUAAGAGCACAAACAAGUGUUGAUCUUCUCUCUUCGUCUAAUGAAAGCAUCACGUCUCAAAGCCCAGUAGGCAGCAGUUCCAGCCCAGGCGAGAAUGUGGAGCCAGGGUUGCACGAAGGCGAACAUGGACGUGAUGGCAACUCUGCAGGGGGCCGCGGCGGCCGUCGCAGAAGGCCACUUCUUCGAGGGGAGUCCAUUCCCUCCAAGUAUUUGACCCGCCAAGGCUCUGUUGAUGCAUCUGGCGAGGAAACUCAAGAGGAGCAACUGAUGCUGAAGCCCACCAGAGGUAUGGAGGAACUGCCAAGACACCGUAAACUUUCCCGCUUUAGAAACUUCGGUAAUCAAAUCCGGUUUCUUCGGCGCCUACAGCUGUCCCGGGGUGCUAAGGAUCAUCUAGUUUCACCAGCAGGAAGUUCAGAUUCUGACCCCGAGUGUGGUCCUCCGGCAGGGCCCUCGUGCGUAGGGCCUUCAAACAAGAUCACCAGCAACAAAGGAGGUAGAAGCCCUAGCAGCCAGGUCAAGUACACACCUGUAAGUACUGGCUGCAUUGCACAAUCAUCACCAUGAGCUGGAAGACUUAUGGACCAUCAUCACUGUGAGCUGGAGGAGUCCUGGACCAUCCACUGUAACCAAAAAGUGGAACUUCAUGUCACUUUUAACAGAGAAUUUAAUCUCUUUAGUGACUUCACCAAGUGAUAAUAUCCCACCAAGUGACCUUCUACAUUGAUAGCAGUUUUGCAGUUUUGGCCAGUGAAUCAUAAUUUUUUGUCACGAAAUGCAUUUUGUAGAUGUAUAUUGUACCUGUCUGAAGACUAAUGUAUUUAAUAAUCUCUAUUAAAAGUGAUAUUACA